AUGCUUGCCACGCUGGCUGCCCUGCUCAGCCUCGGGCUGAGUCUGAGCCAGAGGAUCAGCGCCCAGAAGCGAAUGUAUGACACACCCAUCCUCUCGGUUCUUCCCGGGUCUCGGGUGACCCCAGGAGAGAACGUGACCUUCCAUUGCCAUCUAGACACUGCAACAAGCACGUUCUUCCUGCUCAAGGAGGGGGCGCCCGGCCCCCCACAGUGCGGAUAUGGGAAGCUUGAAGCAGCGUUUCCCAUGGGGCCUGUGACUGCAGCCCACAGAGGGACGUACAGGUGCUUUGGUUCUUACAACAACCAUCUGUGGUCUUUCCCCAGCGAGCCGGUGGUGCUCCUCGUCACAGGAGACGGUGGGAACACCAGCCUUGCGCCCACAGGACCCUUACCACCUGCAGAUACGUGGGCACCCCCCUUGUUAACCACAAAGACCGGACACCAGAAAGGUAAGCAGGCAGCCAGGACGCCCGCAGACACUCUCCUGCGGGUGGGUCUCGCCCUCCUGGCCCUGGUGGCCCUUGUGUGUCUCCUGGCUGAAGACUGGCUCCGCGGGGAGAAGACGGAAGGGAGCCAGGGAUGCGGGGCAAGGCUCCGGACACAGAGAGCCCUGGACAUGACCGAGGAUGCCCUGGCCAUCGGUAAAGCUGACCUCUGA